CUCUGUCCCCCCCUCCCCAGGCCAUCCACGAGGGCCGGAACUGCCGCCAGUACCAGGACGACCUGGAGCUGCGGGCGCGGAACGACGCGGCGGCGCGGCAGACCAGCGCCAUGCUGCAGACGCUGGUGCAGCGGGGGGACGCCAUGCACUGCCCCACGUGCCUCAUCGUGGUGCAGAAGAAGGACGGGUGCGACUGGAUCCGCUGCGCCGUGUGCCAGACCGAGAUCUGCUGGGUCACCAAGGGGCCGCGCUGGGGGCCGGCGGGCCCCGGUGACACCAGCGGCGGGUGCCGCUGCAACGUCAACGGCCAAAAGUGCCACCCCCGGUGCCAGAACUGCCACUGAGCCGGUGCCGGCACCGCCUCGCGCCAC